AUGGUCGCUUUAGAUCCUUUGAAAAUUCCAAAAAUAAGGAUUUUACAAGGCGAAGGUCCAGUGAAUGUUAACGCGGCACUUGAUGACGUCCUAGUCACCGGGUUUGGAGAGACAGAGGUUUUGCUGAACCAGGUGGAUAGCAAAAGUUAUGAUUUCUACACGAAAGUACGAGUACCAAAAAUAAGAAUCGAAGGAACUUACGAUUUAAAAGGCAAAAUAUUGUUAAUUCCGUUGGUAGGUCGGGGUCUCUGCUGGUUUGAACCGACAAAUAUGACUAUUGAUAUUUUAAGUGACGUUAAAUUGUACGAAAAAGACGAAUUUGUUUUCUUCAAUGUAACUGGGGCACAUGUGAAAUAUACCGUAGGAGGAUUAAGCCUGCGAAUGAAUAAUCUAUUUGAUGGUAUUUCAUCAUUAGAGGACAGCACAAACGCCUACCUAAACGCUAACUGGAGGCCAGUAUCAGAAUCAUUACGUCCAAUCUUAUCAAAAACUAUAGAAGAUAUUUUACUUGGUUUCAUGCAGCAAUUAUUCCACAACUUACCUGCGAAUUUCAUGAUUGGAGAUAUUAAAAAGAUGUUAAAGAAAGCUGACAAAAAAAUUUAA